GUGUCCUUUUCCAGUCUCGCACUAUUUCCAUAGCUACUCUGUAACAGGUAGCCUGCUUGACCUUCUUGUGCCAAGCUGUAAGCCCAUAGAGAGGAAGGAGAAACGAUGCAUUCGACCCUAUUCACGGGCAUCUUAGCCCUCGCCCCAAUGCUGGGUAACCUGGCAUUGGGCUAUGAGGUUAAAACUCCUCCCCUGGAUACCAAGUGGACUUACUCAGUCGGAACCAAUCCUUGGCCUGAGUAUCCACGCCCACAGCUCGAGCGUGCACAAUGGAAAAGCUUGAACGGUAUCUGGAAGUGGAAACCGGGAUCCUACCAAGGCGAAUCCAUACCAGCCAGCAACAGUUUUGAUAAGGACAUUCUGGUGCCGUCGUGUAUCGAAAGUGGUCUUUCAGGCGUCAUGGAACUGAACCACACGUAUUCGUGGUACACGACAGAAUUUCAUGUUCCUCUAGGAUUUGCACAGAGGGGCCAUGCCGUCAAGUUGAACUUCGAGGCGGUGGAUUACCAAGCGACUGUCUAUGUUAAUGACCAACUGGUCGGUACCCACGAAGGUGGAUAUUGGCACUUUGGCUUUGACAUCACCAAGUUUAUCAACACAAAUGGGACGACAAAUACUCUACAUGUCAACGUGUUUGACCCUACCGACCAGCCAGGUUACAUGCAUCCUGUUGGAAAACAGGCCAGUGAACCUUCGCAUAUCUUCUAUACCCCCUGUUCAGGAAUCUGGCAAUCUGUAUGGCUUGAAUCUGUCCCGGAUACCUACAUCCAGCAGCUCGAUGUAGUUGCAGAUAUGUCUGGCCAAGUCAACGUGACGGUCACAAGUAACAAAGGUUCCGACCCUGUUACCAUCGCUGUCUUCAACAGUGAAGGCAAGGAAGUUGCUUCAGCUAAGGGUGUUGCCAACAAGCCCUUUGACUUCGUCGUAAAAUCUCCAAAGCUGUGGUCUCCGGACUCACCCUCACUCUACAACCUUGCUGUCACACUGGGACAGGACAAAGUAAAAUCGUACACAGGUUUCAGAACGCUGUCUAUUGGUGUGAUUGAUGGAGUCAAGCGGCCAUUGCUCAAUGGAGAAUUUAUCUUCCAAUUUGGCACACUUGACCAGGGUUUCUGGCCGGACGGCAUCUACACCCCGCCCAACCGCGAGGCCAUGGUCUACGAUUUGCAAGUUCUAAAGGAUUACGGUCUUAACAUGCUCCGAAAGCACAUCAAAGUCGAGAAUGCCCUCUUCUACCAGGCUUGUGAUCAACUUGGACUGUUGCUCAUCCAAGACAUGCCCUCCAUGCCGUUACGAACACCGGACGCGGCUCAGCAAGCCGAUUGGGAACGCCAGCUUGACAUCUUGAUCAACCAGCACAAGAACUAUCCCAGCAUCUACACUUGGGUCAUCUACAAUGAGGGAUGGGGCCAAAUUGUAGACUACUACCCUGAGUUUAACAUCACGAACCGCAUCAGAGAGCUAGACCCUACGAGAUUCAUCGACGCCACUACCGGAUGGCACGACCAUGGUGCUGGCGAUUUCCAUGACAACCACCACUAUGCGAACCCUCAAUGUGGUACGCCGUUUUAUUCGAUUCAGUCUACUCCCUACGACAGCAACCGAAUUGCUAUUCAGGGUGAGUUUGGAGGUAUCGGUCACAACGUCUCCGGAGAGCAUCUUUGGAAGGUUUGGGGCGCUGUCCAGACAAUCAACCAGACAUACGAGAUCGACCAGGAUCUCGACGCUUACAACUACCGUGGCCACCUCCUAUUGAGUGAACUUCGUGACCAGGUCGAGAAGUACGCCUGUUCCGGGGCUGUUUGGACUCAAACCACCGACGUCGAAGGAGAAGUCAACGGCUUCCUCACCUACGACAGAAGAAUCAUCCGCCCCGACAAGGAGCAGUGGCGCGCGGACAUCCAAGCCCUGUACGACGCGGCGGCGAAGAGGGGAGGCAAGGCACCGAAGCAGACGUAUGCCUUGUGAGCGUGAAGGGAUAUAGAUAUAGGUAUACCAUUCUCGGCGAGACAUAGAAAAUGCUUCAUUGCAUAUGAUUUGAUGAUUAUAUACUAGGUUAGGUACUUAAGCCUCAAAUUAUUUAUUAAUACAUAUUAUAUCCAAUCA